AUGCUGCUGAGGGUCCGCUGGUCGCGCUGCAGCAGCAGCAGCAGCAGCAGGAGGUGCAGCAGCAGCAGCAGCAGGAGGGGCUCGCGUGCGGCGCCGCGGCAGCAGCAGCAGCAGCAGGCAGCUGCGACUUUGCAGCAGCAAGAAUGGACUCGUUUUCGACGCAGUCGUUUGCUGCUGAGCAGCAGCAAACCGAAAGUGAAGAAGAUGAUUGGAGUCUUCAAGACGCAGCAGAGGAGGGGGAGGCUGCUCCCCUAG